CUGACAGGCUGGUCGCGCAACCCAGUGCCGCUAUGUUUCGUAAUAUUUCGUUCCGCCGUCGCGGGGAGAUCGGAACACAACCAAAGUACUCAUGAAGUGAAGCACUUAGAACAUAUAACCCAAUUAUUGUGUUUUAAAUAAGCCUUGGUUUUUGAAACAGUGUGUGUGAAAUAGAUACAAGGGAUAUGACCUUUAAAGCAGUUUCAGUUCGAAUUAAUAAUUUGUGUAUGAAGAUUCUUCCAAGAUGAUUAUUAUAAGUUAAUAUUAGGACAAUGAAGUAUGGAUUUGUUUACUUCAUCAGUAGAAAGUAAAGCAAACCGCAUUCAGUUUCUUCACGGACAUAGGCACAUAUAUACAAAAGUAUUUUAAAUGCAGACAUGAAGUUAGUGAUCACGUAUAUAGACUACAGUAGUAGCACUAUGUAGAAGUUUUAUAUGUACUUGGUUACUGUGAUUUUGUUGCACUCAAAACGUUCAGACAGUUCAUGUGAUUGGUGUAUCUGUAUUAUAACCUCGGUUUGUUAUUGCAUAAUGAUUUUAUUACCGUAUUUCACCGAAGUGGCUGUAGGAACACAAUAAACAGAAACAAUAAAAAUGACGCAAUCUCGAAUUUCGCAGAUGGCAAGCGUCGGGCCAUUUGGUGAUCACAGUUUCAACGAUUCAAGUCUUAGUAAUCCAAUUUUAUUUGGUGCUGGCGGUGAUGACGUAUCGACGCAAGACGUCAGUCCGGAGGACCUGUUGUUGCUGGUAGGAUUGCCAGGGAUGAGCGACAUCACAAUGGUUACGGCGCUACCUAUUGAAGAGUGCCAGAGAAUUAAUACUCUUAACUCCACCUUGUGGACAUUACUGACAGCGUACGUGAAUUCGAGUGGAGAGCUUCAGUGUUUGCACCACGCGCCAGAGUUUACUUACAGAAUAGCAGUGAAGGCAGCUGUGUUGACGGUGAUGGCAAUUUUGUCGUUUGUCGGGAACACAUGGACAAUAGUGAGUAUUAGAAUGAACAGGUCCGGAAAAAGGUCACAUCAGACGUGGAGUGCAGUAUAUACAUUAAUCUUACAUCUGUCCAUAGUGGAUUUAUUAGUUACGUUGUUCUGUCUUGCUGGCGAGGCUGCCUGGAGUUAUACUGUUGCUUGGUUAGCCGGUAAUGCUGUGUGCAAAAUAUUCAAGUUUCUUCAGAUGUUCAGUCUGUACCUGUCAACAUUCGUGCUCGUGCUUAUUGGAGUGGAUAGAUUUGUGGUUGUUAAGUAUCCCAUGAAAUCCCUCAACACUGCCAGACGUUUGAAUCGUCUCAUAGUCUUCAUAUGGGUACUCAGUCUUAUCCUCAGCAUUCCUCAGUUGGUGAUCUUCCACGUGGAGAAGGGGCCGUUCUACGAAGAUUUCUACCAGUGCGUGACUUUCGGGUUCUACACGGAGCCAUGGCAAGAGCAAUUAUACACGACAUUCAGCCUCGUGUGCAUGUUCAUACUGCCGCUGCUCAUCCUCAUAUCGACGUACGUCUCCACAAUCAUCACUAUUUCCAAAAGCGAGAAGAUGUUCAAGGCUGAGGUGGAAGCGGGGGGCAAACACGUAGCCUCCGAAGUGAACAGACGUCGAAUAAUUCACCGUGCCAAGAUGAAAUCUCUGCGAAUCUCCGUGGUGAUUGUGGUCGCUUUCAUCGUGUGCUGGACGCCUUAUUACAUAAUGAUGAUUAUCUUCAUGUUUCUCAACCCGGACGAGCACCUUGGCGAAGAUCUUCGAAAUGGAAUUUUUUUCUUUGGGAUGUCCAACAGUUUGAUAAACCCACUGAUAUAUGGUGCAUUUCAUCUCUGGAAACCCAAGAGAAGCAAACAGAAUGACAGUCUAUCCCGUUAUAGAAACGGCUCUAUGGCAGGGCGCAGUAUAGCAACGAACAUGAGUGUGAUGGAGAACAGAGAAGGAAGUAAAAGAGAGGUAAUGAACAGAGGCUCAACCCGGGAAUCAGUGGCUCUACACCAGAGGGACUUAAAUGAGGAGGAAACAACUGUUGUCCUUCUAGAGCAUGUCCUGCCAGAUGGGAACAGUCAUGGACUGCAAAGGAACCGAAGCAGCAGACGCCUUGCUAACAAAUUCCUCCAGCAUUACAAAGGAGUCCUUGGAAGUGGAACAAAUAUGCAAACACACAUAUGAGACGAUCCUGAUGAUUACAGACUACGACAGUGUGUCAUUCCAGAGGACAUACCCCAGUGUGUUUCUGCAGAAACUGGUUUGGUUAAACCAAUGGUCUGCUUCUGUGAAUAUGAUUUUGAUCUCCAAUUAUAACAACAGUAAGUUGGUGUAUUGAUGAUCAUGAGACUACAGGAAUAGGUAUUUCUAAUUUCUGAAGUUCUGUACUUGACAUAUUUGUUGUAGUAUUUAACAGCAUUCUUGUAUAGAAACAGUCCGGACUUUUCUCAGGUUCGUUACUUGUAAUUUAUAAAUCAUACACAAAACUAUGCCUGAUGAUUAAAUCUGCACUUUUUAACAUUAUUUAAUGUCAUUUAGUCUUUGAUUUGAGAAGCCUGCAUAAUGUGCUUAUGUCAUUCUCUACCUAUUGAUCCCUUCUGUUCCUGAAAGUUUCACUUUAAUUUAAAUCUACUUAUAUUCAUUUUUGGUGAGUUUCUACAAUGUCAUAUAUGGUGAAGAGUUAUAUUUUCCAUUGUUUGCAUAACAGUUAUAGGGUUUCUUCCCUUUCACUUUAAAAUUGAGGAGGCUGGAUUUAAGUUUUGAAAUGUAUAUUAGUUCACAUUGUCAGUAGAAUUCCACAGUUAAUUGUCACAACUACUUCAGUCUGGGCUUCAUGGCAGCUAUUUGAGAGGGAAUAUUCUUUCUUUGACUACAAUCAGUUUGAAAAUUAAGAACCGCAAAAAACAAAAAUGCCAACGCUAAUAUGAAAUUUCUUGACAAAGCAUUAAAUAAUUGUUUCUUUCUUAUUUAUUUAAUGAUUCAUUCUCAUGGCAAAGCUGAGUUAGCAUCAAAUUGAAGACCGACUGUGAAUGAUGAACUGCAAAAAAUGUGGAAGGAAAUGUUCAUAACUUGAUUUGUAUGGAAGAACAUGGGACAUAAAAUAAUAAAAACCCUCAGUCAGGAUGGAUAACCUAAGGGUUGGGGUUCAAGUCCAGGACCUGCCAAAUUCAAAUCUUGAGUACUAACUACUAAACUGCAACACUGGGUGUGGAAUCAAUGAAAACAAGAAAUUACAAAAAGUAACUUCAGACUGACUUUGAUGUUGUAGACUUAAUGGAAAUUGAAUGGAAACAGUUCGUGAAUGAUACGUUCAAGAAGAUAAAUGUACAGAAGAAGUGCAAACCAAUAAUUUGAAUGGGAAAAUUAAUAGGAUUGGUUUGGUUCAAGUAAAUCAUGAUCAAAGGUAUGUUUUAUCUUCCCCAGAUCAGGAAGCAAAACAUGGUAGAAUGGAACUCAAAAACAUUUUUGCUAGAGGAACAGUAAUUACAGAGUCAGUACAAUUGGUUAUGGUACUGCUAUUCAAAAAUCUGAGGAACAAUAUAUGGAAAAUUCCUGAUACCCAAAAACAGUCUGGACUGUGCCAUGAUUACAGAACAUCGUAACUAAUACAGUCUUUACUGUCACCCCUUUGUCAUCAUGAUACAAGAUGUAACAAUUGUGCUGUAUUUGCAACAUGACUGAAAUAUUUAUAUAGAUGUUAUUGCUGUAAAUUUCAUGUAAGAUUCAGAAUGCAGUAUCUCUUUAAACAUUAUCAUAUAUAUGGUUUUAACCAUUUAAAGUUCAUUGGAUUCUCUAUGUGUCAGCUGCUUUAAUAUUUAAAACUCCCAGUGUUGCUCACAGAACGUAAUUAUUAGUUCUGUGUGAUUCUUGCAAUAAUCUAUGAUUAUUCCCCUAAAUUUAUGAGUUGGUCUUUAUUACGGAAAGUCAGUAUGUUUACUGUGAUGUAGGAACUGAAUUUUUAAACAUUAUUUGUGAGAUGUUUGUGCUUCAAAGAGUUAAACGAUGAAAAGAUGUUAUGUGCAUAAGUUGUUGCAAUCAGUGUAGGUGACAUUUAAAAUAUGCAAUUUUUUUAAUAUUUGCUGUUACUGUAAUCAUGUCAUUUCUUUAUAGUCAUUAAUGCAAAAUAUUUUAUAUUUUUAACCACCCUACUGGAUUCUGCAAGAAAAGUGAGGAUAAACCUUCUUCUUCCUCUUUCUCCUCUCCUCCUCUUUCACCCUCCAUCCUUUUCCUCUUCUUAUUUCCUUCUU